AUGUGUCGCGCACCCGGCUAUCUUAUCUACCGCAGGCCCCACCCCGUGGCGCCCCAGCCCAUCCGCCCAACGCCGGUGCGGCCUGCUGCUGCCGAAGAAACCUUCCCCCUCCCCAUCAAGGCGGUGAGCGUGGAGGCCAAGGUGACGGACUUUUGCUCGUCGGUCACUGUGCGUCAAGCCUUCGUCAACGCCGAGUCCACCCCCAUCGAAGCGAUCUACCAGUUCGAGCUCGAGGAAAAGGCCACGGUGAGCGAGUUCGUGGCACUCAUCGACGGCAACAAGAUCAAGGGCACCAUCCAGGAGAAGGAAGACGCCAAGAACACCUACGACGAUGCGAUCGCGAGCGGCCACGGGGCCUACCUCAUGGAAGAAAAGGAAGACGAGCCCAACAUCUUCACCGUCAACGUGGGCAACCUGCCGCCCGGCAAGAGCGUCGACAUCGCCAUCACCUACGUGACCGAGCUCGAGUUCGACGAGGGCCAGCAGCUCAGGUUCCGCCUGCCCUCCAACAACGACAACCCGUCCUACAAGGCCGCCGCCGCGUCGUCCAACUCGGCACCCAACCUCAAGCUGCGCAUCGACUUUGAUAUGACGAGCAACAUCAGGAGCCUGUCGUCGCCGUCGCACCCGAUCACGUUCGAGUUUGGCGAGGAGCCCAACCAGGCCACGGUCACGCUGAGCAGCGACAGUGCGCAGGCGCAGGUCGCCAAGGACCUCAUCGUGCUCACCAAGCUCGCCAAGCCCCACCAGGCGUGCGGGCGAGUGGAGGUGGACGAGAAGGGGACGAGCAAGACGGUCAUGGUGUCGCUGUUCCCGCAGCUGGAGCUGGCCGACGACGAGGACAUCUACACGGAGAUGAUCUUCAUCGUCGACCGGUCGGGCAGCAUGUCGGGCAGCCGCAUGAACCAGGUCAAGGACACGCUGCAGAUCUUCUUGCGCAGCCUGGGCGAGGGCACCAUGUUCAACAUCAUCGGGUUCGGCACCAGCACGCAGCACCUGUUCCGCGAGGGCAGCGUCGAGUACAACGACAAAAAUCUGGAGAUAGCGACGAAGCAUGUGAAGGAGAUGAGCGCGAACCUGGGCGGCACCAACAUCCUGCGGCCGUUGCAGGAGGUGUUGCGGGCACAAACGAAGGAGGGCUACCCGCGGCAGCUGUUCAUCUUGACGGACGGCGAGGUGGGCAACACGCAGGAGUGCGUGGACUUUGUGCGCAAGCACGCCGAGACGACGCGCGUGUUCACCUUUGGCGUGGGCAACGAGGCCUCGCAGGACCUCGUCAAGGGCCUCGCCAAGGCUGGCGAAGGGUUCUUCGAGUUCGUGCGGUCGGGCGAGGCCAUGGAGGAGAAGGUCAUGCGGCAGCUGCAUCGGGCCAUGCAGCCGGCCCUCACCGACAUCACGGUCACGUGGAAGGGCGCUGCGGCGAGCCACGUGCAGCCGGCGCCCUUCAGGCUGCCGCCACUGUUCUGCGGCGGUCGCCUCGUGGUCUACGGCAUCAUCGAUGACUCUGCCGCCGCCGCCGGCGGCAAUGAGGCGGGCGGAGGCGAGGUGGAGGUGGUGAUCGGGGCCAAGACGGCAGUGAAGCCGUUCGAGGCGGUGGUGAAGGUGGAUCUGAGCAAGGCGAGCAAGGGCACUCUGCUCAACAAGCUCGCCGCGAGGACUCUUCUCAAGGAUCUGGAGGAGGGUCGGAGCUAUGUGCACGACAGGGAAGGUGCGGUGAAGGCGGGCAAGGACGUGGUGGCGGAGAUGGUGCGGGUGUCGCUGGCGAGCGGGGUGCUGUCGAAGCACACGGCGUUCGUGGCGGUGGAGGAGCGGGACGAGGCCACGGAGGGCACCAUGAAGGUGCGCAAGAUCCCCAUCACCUUCGAGAAGCCCGCCUACCAUCAGCCCGCCUCGCACCCCGUGCUCCUUCCGCUCGCAAUGCCGCAGUCGUCUGUUGGCGCAAGAGGCGGCGGCGGUCCUCCGCAAAAACGUCAAUCUGCCGCGAAGCCUGCUAGCGGCGGCUUCCUCUCGUUCUUCGGCGGCGCCAAGAAGGGCGCUGCCGCGCCGGUGCAGUCCUCCUCCAGCCGCAACUGUAAGGACAAGGAGAAGGCGAAGAAGAGCGUCGUCAUGUACAGGAAACGCGAGGUCUCCCGCUCGAGCGCGGUGGAAGGAGGACCGCCCCGCGCGCCGAUGCCCAUCUCCGCUUCGACUUCAGCCUGCGCGCCGCCUCCGGGCCGACCGAUGCUGGCACCGUCGGCCGCCGCGGCGUCGCUCGAGAUCAACCAAUCGCUGUCCCGGUCGCCUCGCUCAUCGUCGGCCUCGUCGAUGCUGAGGUCGCAUUCGCCGCCGACCGAUUCCUUGGUCUUUGCCAAGGCCGAGGCGGAGGAGGAAUGCUGCGCAGCGCUGGAUUACGACGACGACGCUUCCUCCGAAGAUGAAGAGGAACCGAAGUUCCAGGUGCAGAAGAAGGAAAAGAAGGAGGAAGAAAAGGAGGAGAAGAAGGAGGAGGAGAAGGCGGGACCGCCGCCGGCGCAGAUGCGGGACAUCAUCAUGAAGCAGAAGGCCAGCGGCAGCUGGGACUGGAGCGACGCCGCCGGCCUCGUGGGUCUCACCGCCGACAAGCUCCGCAGCGGCAUCCCCUCGGCCAAGCUCCUCACCGUGGACAAGGAGGUGGAGGCGCUGUGGGCGACGGCCGUGGUGGCGGCCUUCCUGCAGAAGAGGUUCCCCGGUCAGAAGACCAACUGGGACCUGGUGGUGAAGAAGGCCCUCAAGUUCAUCGCGCGUCAGAAGAAGAACGUCAAGCUCGCCUCUGAAAGCGAGGAGAUCGACUGGGUGCAGCUCGCCACUGCCUUCCUCCCCUGA